AUUCUGGGGUUCGUUUAGAGGUUUGAAUUUUCUCGGAGAAAGACAGGCCGGCCACGAGGAAAAAAAGAAACAAGCCGCAGCACCACCUAAGCCCUUGAAAGGAUCCUGAGAGAGGGGGGAAAGGGAAAACAGCAGCCACCAGCCCAACCACUUGUGUCUUCUACCCCUUCCCACCUAUCUUGCCCACCCCACCAGCCCACGCUGCAUGGGACUUGAAAUCUGUGGCCGAAGGACCGUCACCACAUAACUUCAAAAAUAAUCAACCACCCACCCUUCCCAAACCCACCCAAAUCCACUCAUCCAGCGUUUACUUUUUUGAAUCCACUCAGAACUUUUUUUCUACGACCCCCCCUCCCUAAAUGGAGUUGGGUGGGGGGAAAAUGAAUACUGAGUUGGCCUUCAUUUUUUUAAGAGACUUUUUGAUCCAAUGAGGCCCCCCAAAUAAUCGAGUUUUGGGUCCUGGUUGGUUGGUUUUAUUUUUUUUCUCCAAAAUUUUAACCCCCUCCCCCCUGAGCCCGAGGUGCUGACGUCGCAAAAAAAUUGGAUAAAACCUCGAUCAUGGGUUCGGGUCCCAUAGAUCCCAAAGAGCUGCUCAAGGGCCUGGAUAGCUUCCUUAACCGAGAUGGGGAAGUUAAGAGUGUGGAUGGGAUUUCCAAGAUCUUCAGCCUGAUGAAGGAAGCACGAAAGAUGGUGAGUCGAUGCACUUACUUGAACAUUCUCCUGCAGACCCAGUCACCAGAAAUAUUGGUCAAGUUUAUUGAUGUUGGUGGCUACAAACUUCUUAACAAUUGGCUGACCUAUUCAAAGACAACGAACAACAUUCCCCUCUUACAGCAAAUUCUACUGACCCUGCAGCACCUCCCGCUCACUGUGGACCAUCUCAAGCAGAACAACACAGCCAAACUGGUGAAACAGCUGAGCAAGUCAAGUGAGGAUGAAGAGCUCCGGAAAUUGGCUUCAGUCCUUGUCAGUGACUGGAUGGCUGUCAUCCGCUCCCAGAGUAGUACCCAGCCUGCUGAGAAAGAUAAGAAGAAACGUAAAGAAGAGGGGAAGAGUCGAACCACCCCUCCUGAGCGACCCUUGACUGAGGUGAAGGCUGAGACCCGGGCCGAAGAGGCCCCGGAGAAAAAGAAAGAGAAGCCCAAGUCUCUCCGAACCACGGCACCAAGUCACGCCAAAUUCCGUUCCACUGGGCUAGAGCUGGAGACUCCAUCUUUGGUGCCUGUGAAGAAGAACGCCAGUGCAGUGGUGGUUUCUGACAAGUACAACCUUAAACCCAUUCCCCUCAAGCGUCAGAGCACCACAGUUGCUCCAGGAGAUGCUGCACCCCCUGCAGAGAAGAAAUAUAAGCCACUGAACACCACACCGAAUGCCACCAAAGAGAUCAAAGUGAAGAUCAUCCCACCACAGCCCAUGGAGGGCCUGGGCUUUCUGGAUGCACUCAAUUCAGCCCCUGUUCCAGGCAUCAAAAUUAAGAAGAAGAAGAAGGUGCUGUCACCUACAGCUGCCAAGCCAAGCCCAUUUGAAGGGAAAAUGAGCACAGAACCAAGCACAGCCAAACCUUCUUCCCCAGAACCAGCACCUCCUUGUGAGGCUAUGGACACAGACCGCCCAGGCACCCCAGUUCCUGCUGUUGAAGUCCCAGAGCUCAUGGAUACAGCCUCUUUGGAGCCAGGAGCACUGGAUGCAAAGCCAGUGGAGAGUCCUGGAGAUCCUAGCCAGCUGACCCGGAAAGGCAGGAAGAGGAAAACUGUGACGUGGCCUGAGGAGGGCAAACUGAGAGAAUAUUUCUAUUUUGAACUGGAUGAAACUGAACGAGUAAAUGUGAAUAAGAUCAAGGACUUUGGUGAGGCUGCUAAGCGAGAGAUACUGUCAGACCGACACGCAUUUGAGACAGCCCGGCGUCUGAGCCAUGACAACAUGGAGGAGAAGGUGCCGUGGGUGUGCCCGCGGCCCCUGGUUCUUCCCUCACCACUUGUCACCCCUGGAAGCAACAGCCAGGAGCGAUACAUCCAGGCUGAGCGGGAGAAAGGAAUCCUUCAGGAGCUCUUCUUGAACAAGGAAAGUCCUCAUGAACCUGAUCCUGAGCCCUAUGAACCUGUACCCCCGAAGCUCAUCCCCCUAGAUGAGGAAUGUUCCAUGGAUGAGACCUCAUAUAUUGAGACUCUCGAGCCUGGGGGAGCUGGUGGCUCACCUGAUGGGGCAGGUGGCUCCAAGUUGCCCCCUGUCCUGGCCAAUCUCAUGGGAAGCAUGGGUGCUGGGAAGAGCCCCCAGGGUCCUGGAGGAGGAGGCAUCAAUGUCCAAGAGAUCCUCACCUCCAUCAUGGGUAGCCCAAAUAGUCAUCCCUCAGAGGAACUGCUGAAGCAACCAGACUAUUCAGACAAGAUCAAGCAGAUGCUCGUGCCACAUGGACUAUUAGGCCCUGGUCCAAUAGCCAAUGGUUUUCCACCAGGAGGCCCUGGGGGCCCCAAGGCCAUGCAGCACUUCCCCCCUGGGCCUGGGGGACCUAUGCCAGGUCCUCAUGGAGGCCCUGGUGGGCCAGUGGGCCCACGUCUCUUGGGUCCCCCACCCCCUCCACGAGGGGGUGAUCCCUUCUGGGAUGGCCCAGGUGACCCCAUGCGGGGGGGCCCAAUGCGGGGGGGCCCGGGACCAGGUCCUGGACCAUACCAUAGAGGCCGCGGUGGCCGAGGAGGAAAUGACCCUCCUCCUCCUCCUCCCUUCCGGGGGGCCAGAGGAGGUCGCUCUGGAGGAGGACCCCCAAAUGGACGAGGGGGCCCUGGUGGGGGCAUGAGCAGCAGCAGUGGACAUCGUCCCCAUGAAGGCCCUGGCAGUGGCAUGGGUGGUGGGCACCGCCCCCACGAAGGCCCUGGCGGUAGUAUGGGUGGAGGUGGGGGGCAUCGUCCCCAUGAAGGUCCUGGUGGUGGCAUGGGCAGUGGCACCGGCCAUCGUCCUCAUGAAGGCCCUGGCAGUGGCAUGGGUGGAGGCAGUGGACAUCGCCCCCAUGAAGGCCCUGGUGGAGGAAUGGGUGCUGGAAGUGGACAUCGCCCCCAUGAAGGUCCUGGACAUGGUGGACCCCAUGGCCACCGGCCUCAUGAUGUCCCUGGUCACCGAGGCCAUGACCAUCGAGGGCCACCACCUCAUGAGCACCGUAGCCAUGAUGGCCCUGGCCAUGGAGGAGGGGGCCACCGAGGGCACGAUGGAGGCCACAGCCAUGGAGGAGACAUGUCCAACCGCCCUGUUUGCCGACAUUUCAUGAUGAAGGGCAACUGCCGCUAUGAGAACAACUGUGCCUUCUACCACCCGGGUGUCAAUGGGCCCCCCCUGCCCUAGGGACCACCUCCUCUGCCCCACCCACACACACCCCUGUGGACUGCAGCCUUGCUCCUUCCACCCUCUUAUGGCUUCUGUGAGGCCCACAUUCCCCUGUCCCCAGCUGAUGAGGAGCCGGCCCCCUCAGUUCCCACCUGCUUGGGUUUCUGGGGGUUUUCUGAUCACUGGUGCGCAUUGAUGUACAUAUUUUCCUCCAGUCUGGGGAGGAGAGAGACUGGAUACAUUCUGUACCCUGGACUGCUGAAGAGAAGACCCAGUUGGCUUCACUUUUUGAGGAGAUUUGCCCUAUAACCCCAAUCCCCUUUCCAGUAUUACCCUUUAUGCCUGAGAACCUAAAGCUGGUUAUCCUGGAGAACACCUCUACUCUCCUAUUGUGGGUCCUCCACAUGCACACAGAACUGACACGGGAUCAGCUGCACUUAUGAAAUCAUCCCAGCCAAGUUCAUUCUUCUCAUGGGGUGGGGAGAUGGUAAAAGGGGUAUUAUAUACCCCACUGCACUGAGAGGGCUCAAUCAGGCUGGAUUUGAGUUCUGGAAUACAUCAUCCCCACUUCCACCUUGACACAGGCUUUCCAUUGAGUCCUUUCUCAAGUAAGACUUUGCAACCUUCUAUGAACACCCAAGUCUGCAUCAUGGGUCUGCUAGGUUCAUUGAUGGUCAAUUCACGUCUGCAUCCAGUGGAAGUUGUAGCUGGCAUAGGCCAGGCUGGUGGUGUUGGCCCACCCUUGCCUGUAGCUAUUCUGGAAACUAACACUUCAGUGAGACCAGCUUUUCAUCAACUUGCCGGGCACUCUGGGCCUGACAGUCACACUACAUGCACUGCCUUCAGGAGUUGGCGUACAAUGCCCCCACCUGGAACUUUGUCGGUGUGAAGCCUCUGGCUCCCUUGCCCUGUCAGCCACCUCUGAGUCCCACCAGGUGCCUUCCUGGGUGGGUGCCGUAAAGCUGACGCAACUUUCCCCAGCCCUCUCCUUCCCAGGUCUCGGCAUCAGUUGUUUUCUAUGAAAACAGUGGAUUGGUUGGCUUCUGUGCAGGGUCUUGGGUUAGAGCCACGAUGGAUUUGAGGGAUGAGUAUUUUUUUUCUUUUGGUUUUGUAUAUUUUGUACAUUAAUAAUAAACAGUGGAAAGAGAAGCAGCUUA